CAAUUACUUAUUGUACUUGAAAAACUAAACAACUUAUUCACAACAAAAUGUUCAAAUUCAUCGCUGUUUGCUUCUUCGCUGUUUUGGCUGUAGCCGCUGCUACCCCCGGUUUGGUUGCUCCUUUGGCUUAUUCUGCUUACACCUCCCCCUUGGCCUACUCUGCUCCUUUGACUUAUGCCGCUGCUCCCGCUGUUGUUGGUCAUGCUUCAUAUGUAGCUCCUUAUGCCUCCACCUACAAUGCCCAUCACAUCGCUCACUCUGCUGCCUUCCCCGCCGCUUAUGCUGCUGCCCCAGUAGUUCACGCCUCCCCUGUUGCCACUCCCUUUGCUGCUCCCCUUUUGUUGAAAAAGUAAAUCAGAGAAUUGAAUUGAUGAACUGAAAUAAAAGUAAUUGGAAUUAUUAAAGACUGAAACAAA